CCCUUGAGUUGGAAAUUAUUCCUAAUAAUGCAAGGCUACGCCGGGAGAGAGGAUCUCGACUGAUAUUGUGGCACAAAGUUAGCAAAGUUGAGUCUUUCUUCACUCAAUUGAUACAAAAACCAAUGGAAUAACAUUGGACACCUCAAUGAAGUAUAUAUUUUCGACACCGUUGCGGGAAAAAGAGGAGGGGGAUAACCACUGAUCCACAGCCUGGGAGAAGACUCACUACCUGUGGGGAAUAUACAGAGAGGAGAGUCCUCAGCCUACCUACUACUAGAGCGCACCAACUAACCAACCAACACGUGGCAUCUGCUGAGUCAUCAGUAGUGAGUCAGGGUGUCAUGGCCGCCGGGCACAGGACACGCAGAGAUCACCCCUCAUAGUGCUUCCCCCCAGCCAGCCACCUGCAGACACACACACACACACACACUGGAGGAGGCGCAGGGGUGGUAAUGAUGACCACUUCACAUAUGAACGGUCACGUGACUGAGUCAGACGGCAGAGAUGGGGGAGGAAGUGGAGGAGUCGAGUCGAACCAGGAGGAGCCCCAGCAGUGGCACAGGGAGAUGGCGGUGGACUGCCCAGGGGACCUGGGUGCCCGUACCCUGCCCGUGCGGCGCUCUGCCCAGCUGGAGAGGAUCCGUCAGCACCAAGAGGACCUGAGGAGGAGGAGGGAGGAAGAGGGCAGGAACAGACAGGAGCUAGAUCUUAACGCUUCCAUACGGCUCAAGAAGCUGUCUCAGAACCCCAAGGUGGGCAUCGAUAACCCCACCUUUGACCCCAUCGAAGGCCCUGUAGGGCCCCUGGGACUGCCGCCCAACCUUGGGGCCCCCACUCUACUGGAGUUGGAGGAGCUGCUGAUGUCCCUGAAGCAGGUGCAGCACUGCCUGUCUGACGCCCAGAGCCAGGAGGACGUGGAGCUGGUGCUGCAGCUGGUCCAGAAGGCUGACUUCCAGAAGGCCUUCAACAUCCACAACUCUGUGGCCCAGCACAUGAACAGGCCCAGUCCGCCCUUCCCACAAACAGACCGCGCUCAGGGCCUGGCACAAGAGGUCCAGUCUAUGGUUCAUAACAGCCAACACAAGGAGGGCUUGGAGCUCAACACCCUGCUCUCCUCCCCACAUGUCCAGGCGGUGCUUCUGGCCCAUGACUGUGUUGCGGAGCAGGAGAUGCAGCUGGAGCCCCUGACCCCAGACGACCACUGUGAAACUCUCACCCAGUGGGGAGGGGAGACCGUCAAGAUAGUCUGCAUCGAGAAAGCCAGGGACAUCCCACUGGGCGCGACGGUGCGUAAUGACAUGGACAGCGUGAUAAUAAGCCGCAUCGUGAAGGGCGGGGCGGCGGAGCGCAGCGGGCUGCUCCAUGAAGGAGACGAGGUUCUGGAGAUCAACGGAGUGGAAAUCAGAGGGAAGGACGUCAACGAGGUCUUCGACAUCCUGGCCGACAUGCACGGCAACCUGACCUUCAUCCUCAUCCCCAGCCCACAGACCAAACCCCCGCCCAUCAAGGAGACUGUGGUCCAUGUGAAGGCUCACUUUGACUACGACCCGUCUGAUGACCCAUAUGUGCCGUGCAGGGAGCUGGGCCUGUGCUUCCAGAAGGGAGACAUCCUCCACAUCAUCAGCCAGGAUGACCCCAACUGGUGGCAGGCCUACAGGGACGGAGACGAGGACAACCAGCCCUUGGCUGGGCUAGUACCAGGCAAGAGCUUCCAGCAACAGAGGGAAGCCAUGAAGCAGACCAUAGAAGAGGAUAAAGAGCCUGAGAAGUCGGGAAAGCUGUGGUGUGCUAAGAAGAACAAGAAGAAGAGGAAGAAGCUCCUUUACAAUGCUAAGCAGAAUGACGACUAUGACAACGAGGAGAUCCUGACCUAUGAGGAGAUGGCGCUCUACCACCAGCCAGCCAAUCGCAAGCGGCCCAUUGCUCUGAUUGGUCCUCCCAACUGUGGGCAGAACGAGCUGAGACAGAGACUGCUGUCCAGCGAGCCAGACAGAUUUGGGGGAGCUGUCCCACACACGACGCGGAACAGGCGUGAUGUGGAGGUGAGUGGAAGGGACUACCACUUUGUCUCCCGCCAGGCCUUUGACAUGGACGCCACCGCGGGGAAGUUCAUCGAGUCGGGAGAGUUUGAGAAGAACCUGUACGGAACCAGCACCGACUCUGUCCGUCAACUCGUCAACACGGGCAAGAUCUGUCUGCUCUGUCUGCACACACAGUCGCUGAAGAUUCUGCGUAACUCUGAUCUGAAGCCAUACAUAAUCUUCAUCGCUCCUCCAUCCCAAGAACGGUUGCGAGCCCUCCUGGCCAAGGAGAGCAAGAACCCAAAGCUUGAGGAGCUGCGUGACAUCAUCGAGAAGGCCCGUGAGAUGGAGCAGAACUUUGGCCACCUGUUUGAUGCAGCCAUCGUGAACACAGACCAGGACAAGGCCUAUCAGGAGCUGCUGAGGCUCAUCAACAAACUGGACACUGAGCCACAGUGGGUCCCCUCCUCCUGGCUACGUUGAAGGAGCAAUAUAACACAGACACAACGCUAACCUGACACACACACAUACAUACAAAUGCACACACACACCGCAACGCUAACUUGACAUAGUACUCACUGGUUCAAUGAAGAGCUACCCUGGAUCAUGGACAAUACAGUUGCCAGGGGGAAGACUAUUAUUAGUUAAAAAUUAGCCUUGACUCCAUUCUUCAACCAGUAUCACAGUGAGACUAGUGGAAGAUUGUAAAUCAACACACAAGCUGAAGAUAAAUAAAACACUUAAAAUGCUUAUCACUACAUAUGAUGCUGAACUGAACUGAGCCAAGCUCUUCUCUUUGCUUCUGAGACUGCCUGGGGAAAUGAAUUAUUGACUUAUUAUUGCUCUGAUUAUUUGUCCUUUUUUCGAUGCUGGAUUUCUCUUCACUAAAUUAACUUUUCACAUUCCAGAGAAGAAGUAUGUAAAGACUUGGCACUUGGUGGCAGAAAUAGAAUUAGUGCUUCUAUUCUGCUUUUGAUAACUAUUUAUAAUUGUAAAUAUAUUCUAUUUUUAAGAGGUUUUCAAUGAUAAGACGAACCCAUAGAAGCGAUCUAAGGCAGGUAUGGGCAACUUUAAUGGGGGUGGGGGCCACAAAAAAUCUAAACUCAUCAUGAGGGGUCGCAGUGGCUCGCGUGUCUCCGUACCCACAUCCGUACCCAGACAUGCAGUCAGAGCCGGCCCUAGCCUUUUGUGGGCUCUAAGUGAAAUUUUGUUAGGGGGUAACCCCCCCCACCUUGCGCGCAAAACUUUAUUUGGGGGGGGGGGGCAGUUAAUGGUUCUCCUACACAAAACUACAGACACACACACACUGGUUGUUGUACCCUUGUUGUGUCCUUGACCCUGUGUGUGAGGUUAGAUGUGUGUUUGUUCAGUAAUGUCGAACUGACAUCAGUCAAUCUUGAGUGUUAGCAACAAGGUGCUGCUGAUCUCUCUAACAGAGCAGCUGGGAAUGGGGAUUAGGCAACUACACAUAUCAUCACGGACGUGAUUUGCUCACCUACUGAAGCCAUCUGUGAGGUGAUAAAACCCAGGUGUAAGAUUUUGGGCCCUGAUCAAAGUUGUUUACUAUAUAGGGAAUAAGGUGCCAUUUGGGACGUAGACAUUAUCUCUGCAUCUGGCCUCUCUAUCCUCUGUCUACUAAACUAUAGCAGCCCUGCGUUCAAAUACUAUUUGAAUCAUUGACAAUACUUAAGCUGUGCUUGAUUGAACUUGCCUGGCACAAAGGAACAAAUAGAAUUGUUCCAAAACGGCAAUCCCUACCCAAACUGGCACUCCAGGUAGACGAAUGCUAAAUUUACCCAAACUUGACAUCACAUUAAUUAGACAGAUCUGAGAGAUGGUUAAGAGCCACUGCCUCCUGCUUACCUUAUACUAUUUUCACACUAUCAUGCCAACCAAAACUGGACUGUGCUGGCUUGGAUAUUUUCACAUUUUCCUUUCCAGCAACUAUGGUGGAUCGUAACCAGGCCAGUGCAGUACAGCUCGGAUCGGCUCAGUAGUGUGAAAAGGGUACUGGAGGAUAAACUAGUCCUAUCACAACACUACACCCCUCACCUCUACCCAAGCACUACGGGUCAUAGCUAAAUAGAAAACUGGCUUGUCGCGAAUCACAGGAUUUAAACCAUGAUAUUAAAGAAAGAUUAGAGGUGUUUAAAAGUUAUGGCACUAAGAUCUUCAGGGGUAACUUUGUUUUUCUAUGUCAGUAUUCAUCAUGCUCACUUCCUGUGCUAAUCUGUAGGAUUGUGACCAUAGAAAUUGAAUUAUAUUUCUAAAUUGUAUUUCUAUAAGUGUAACCAGCAGUAUUCUAUUCAUGGAAAACACUAAGGAACAUCUGAGCACCACUGUCUGUGGUAUUCUCUUAAUAAUCAAUAUUGCUUUAUUUGAAAUCGAUGCGUUUUAUAAUUCACUUAAAUGCAUUAUAAAACUAUCCAACUAUGCUGUAUUUUAAUCCAAUGGUUUUCACCACAUGCGACAUCUUAAAUGUGUGAUUAUUAUUUGUCAGUGAUUUGUUUUCAAAGCUGUUAUUGAAAUGUUUGUUCUACUUUUUGCUCUGGGUCUGUGAAAUGAACUUGACCGAACCGAUAAGAGCCUAAAGGCUUUAGGAGCGGGGAAAUUGUUGGCCUACAUUGUAUAAAAUGUAUGUAUGUUUUUGUUUUUGCAUCUGGUGUUUCUAUGAUCAUAGGUUCACCCUUGAUUAGAAUAUGCUGACUGUGUGUGAUUGUCUUUAUGCGCGUGUGUGUGUGUGCAUGCACAGAGACAGGACUGUCACUAAUGCAGGCAAGUAUUAUCUCUAGUAGACACAAUGGGAAAUGGUCUUAACAAAGAACUGUUUCACAUAACAUUUUUUUUGUGGUUAUUAUUGAUGAUAAUCAUGGUGUAUCUAGAUAUUUAACAUUUAUAUAUUUGUAAUGUUAGAUUUAUUAAGUACAGAGUAAUGCGCCUGUAGAAUGAUCACUCAACCACCCAUCCAUCCCUCCCUAUUGGUUUUGGAUCUGAAACUCCAGGAACCGCUCAGUGCUAGCCUGAUCCCAGAUCUGCUUAUGUUUUACGCAGCUCCUCUGAAGAUUUGUCAUGUUUGCCAUAGAAGUUGGCUACAUAGGGCCGUAUUCGGUUUCUCAGCGUAGAAGUGCUGAUCUAGGAUCAGGUCAUCCCUAUUCAUUAUUAUUAUUAUUAUUAUUGUUAUCAAAAAGGGAAAACUGAUCUUAGAUCAGCACUCCUAUUCUGAGAGUGUUUGAGAAUGGUGGCCAUUCAGAUCUGGGACCAGUCUAGUUCAGAAUGUCUAUCCCUUUAGUAUGUACAGUGCACACCUUGUGUAGAUUUGAGCUGGUAACUGGAAGUAGAACUAAUUAAUAAAGUUACUGUAUUUAAAAAAAAUUUAGAUCUGUUUUUGUAUGAAUUAUUCAAGAGGAUUAAAGACCAGAUUGAUAGAA